AUGUUUGAGAGAAGCGAUGAUGAGAGGGGAAUUACACAAGUGUUGAGGAGACGUCGAAGGCGCUUUGGUGGCCGGAGUCCCAUGGAGAAGCCGCCGGAAAAGAUGAUGGAAGGAGAGGAGGGUGUUUCAGGUUGCGCCGGCUUCGAGGAGAAUAUUGACCACCUGCGCAAAGUAGAAUAUGUCUGCUCCGAAAUCUCAGAGCUCAAACCUCGUCGGCGUCGCCAUUUCAACUCUGCGUCGCACAGCAGAUUCUCGUUCUCCAUGUCUGCGGUCACUACUGGGAAGAUGAUACAGUAA